AUGCUCCUACCGUCAGUGUCCAAGCCGUUUGGCAUUGCGGCAGCGGCCUUGCUGGUGCUGCUGUCGUCGAAAUGCCAAGCCAGCGCUGUGCCGGUGGCGGCGUCGAGCAGUGAUGUCUUGGACAGAGCCGUGCGUGACGUCGCGGCCGACGACAACCACUGGGUAGCCACGUGGACGUCGAUGCCGCAGCUCGUCGAGUCGAGCAACAUGCCUCCCUCGCCCUACUCGUCGGGCGGCGUGUUCAAGGACGCCACGCUGCGGCAGACGCUGCACCUGUCGAUCGGGACGGAGCGGCUGCGGGUGCAGAUCAGCAACACGUUCGGGGGCAGCGACCUACCGAUCACGGCGGCGACGAUCGCGCUGACGGCGGGCAACAAAGCGGGGGCGGCGGGCAUCGACACGGCGACGCUCAAGAAGCUGACCUUCAACGGGUCCGAGUCGGUCAAGAUCGCGCGCGGGCAGGUGGCGUACACGGACGCCAUCGACUUUAACGCGGACCCGCAGGCCAUGGUGACCGUGUCGCUGUUCUCGCAGGCCGGCCAGUCCGGCAGCAGCAUCACUGGCCACCCCGGCAGCCGCACCACGUCGUGGAUGCAGGGCGGCAACCACGUCCAGGACGCGACGAUAGCCGGCGCCAACACCAAGCACUGGUACUUCGUCAGCGCCGUCGAGGCCUGGGCGCCCGCCAACAGCAGCGCCCUGAUCAUCCUCGGCGACAGCAUCACCGACGGCCGCGGGAGCACCGACGACGCCAACAACCGGUGGCCCGACCUGGUCCUCGCGCGGAUGCAAAAAGCGGGCAUCACCAACAUCGGCGUCAACAACCAGGCGGCCGGCGGCAACACGGUGCUGACGGGCGGUCUGGGGCCACCGCUGCUGACGCGGUACAAGCGGGACGCGCUGAGCAUGCAGGGGGUCAAGUACGUGAUGAUCUUCGAGGGGGUCAACGACAUCGGGGGCGGGGGCACCGACUCGGGGUCACAGAACGGCAUCGCGAGCCGGCUGAUCGACGCCUACAAGCAGAUCACCAAGGACUGCAAGGCGGCCGGCAUCAAGACCAUCGGCGCUACCAUCACGCCGUUCGGCGGCAGCGGCCAGAGCUACUCGAACCCGACGCGCGACCAGGCCCGCCAGAAGGUCAACGACUGGAUCCUGGCGCCGGGCAACUUCGACGCCGUCGUCGACUUCGCCAAGAUCACCAGCGACCCCAGCACCAAGAGCCAGCUGGCCCGCUCCUUUGACGGCGGCGACCACCUGCACCCCAACGUGGCAGGGUACCAGGCCAUGGCCGACGGGUUCUCGUUGGACAUCUUCAAAUAG